CCUCGCCUUUCCUCCUCCCUGCAGCAUGCGGCUCACCUGCAUGAGCAUCUCUUCCCCUCCCUUGCGCGCUCUCGAGUGAUAGACUGAAACAGAGGCCAAGCCCCCUUGAUCUGCUGCAUAUCCACCGGUGAACGCAGCAGCUGCAAGUUCGAUCGGAGACCAAUGGCAGCGCCGCGGUGCGGGGGCGGCUGCGACGGGCGCGAGGACGGCGCGGUGGAGGCGCUGCUGCAGUGGCAGAAGGUGAGCGACUUCCUCAUCGGCGCGUCCUACCUCUCCAUCCCGCUCGAGCUGCUGCACUUCGCCACCUGCGCCGACCUCGCGCCGCUCCGCUGGGUGCUCCUCCAGUUCGGCGCCUUCACCGUCCUCUGCGGUAUCGUCCACUUCGCCGCCGUCCUCACCUACGCGCGCCCGGACUCGCGCCGCCGCCUCCUCGCCUUCACCGCCGCCAAGGCGCUGGCCGCCCUGGCCGCCUCCGUCGCCGCCGUCUCCCUCCCGGCCUUCAUCCCGCACCUGCUCCGCCUCAAGACCCGCGAGGCGCUCCUCCGGGACAAGGCCCGCCAGCUCGACCGCGACGUCGCCGCCGUCAGGCGCCGCCAGGAGACCGCCGAGCGCGUCGUCCGCGCCAUCACGCAGCACGUCCGCCGCGGUGGCGCGCUCCCGCACGACGUCCUGCGCACCGCCGUGCUCCACCUCUCCGAGGCCCUCGGCCUCCGCAGCUGCGCCGUCUGGAUGCCCGCGGCGGCCAGCGACGGCUCCAGCGUGCUCCACCUGGUGCAUCAGCUGCCGGGAGACGACCACCGUGGCACGGCGACGCAGGACAUUCGCGUCAACGACCCCGACGUGGUCAUCGUCAUGGCCAGCAAGGACGCCAAGGUGCUGAGGCAGGGCUCGGCGCUCGGGAUGACGACAGGAAGCGGAGCUGCGGCUGCCAUACGGAUGCCGUUGCUGAGGGUGUCCAACUUUGUCGGCGCCUCAUCGUCAGGAUCAGAUGAGCAGGGAGCUGCCGUGAGCUACGCGAUCAUGGUCUUGGUUCUUGCGGCUCCACCCGCUACUCCUAAGAAUCACAGAUCUAGAAGGCAUAGAGGAGGAGGAGGAGGAACACGGGAGUGGAUCAAGCAGGAGCUGGAGAUCGUGGAGGUGGUGGCGGACCAGUUGGCCGUGGCGCUGUCGCACGCGGCGGUGCUGGAGGAGUGGCAGCUGACGCGGUACAAGCUGGCCGAGCGGCAGAGGGUCGUGGCGCAGGCCCAGCACGACGCCGAAGUGGCCACCAGGGCCAGGGACGCCGCGCAGGGCGCGAUGCGUGACGGCGUGCUGAGGCCGAUGCACUCCGUCGCGGGGCUGCUCUCCCUGAUGCAGGCGCAGCAGCAGGACGAAGCCGUGCCCUGCGCCGAGCGGAGGCUCGCCGUGGGCGCCAUGGCCAGGAUCAGCUCCCUCUCGUCCACGCUGAUCGACGACGUCAUGGCGGCGGUGCUGACACCGACGACGCCCCACGGCGAGCCGGCGUCGGCGGCUGCUGCCGGCGUCAGCCUGGCGAGGAGGCCGUUCGACCUCCGCGCGCUGGUGAGGGACGCGGCCGCCGUGUCCGGGUGCCUCGCCCGCUGCAGGGGGAUCGGCUUCUCGCACCGGGCGGAGAUGAGCUCUCUGCCCGGCGAGUGCUGGGUGGUCGGCGACGACAGGCGAGUGUUCCAUCUCCUGCUGCACAUGCUUGGCGCCCUGCUGGACCGGUGCGAAUGCCACUGCCAUGACCUCUGCUUCUCGGUGGAAACUGUGGCGGGGGAACAAGAUCCCAACUUCUCCGGCUGCAACCUGGUAUGCGUCAAGUUCCGAUUUGGGAUCACAAGAAUCUUGAGAGACAGCUUGCUGCGUUCGUCUAUCCCACGACCCCAGGACAGAGUCAGGAAAAGCAUCAGCACCACCUCCGUCAGCUCCGAGACGAGGCUAAGCAUCACGACGUGCAGCAAGAUCGCGCAGAUGAUGAAUGGCAAGAUGUGGCGGGGAUCCCCGUCAGAUUUGGGAGGUCCGCAAGGAGAAUCCAUGAGCCUCGUCCUGCACUUCCAGCUCGGGUACGGGCUGCCAUCGCCCUCCGCCUCCUCCCCAUCAGGCGCGGGCUUCUACUGCGCCAGCGGCGUGUUCGGUGCUGCACCCUCGACGUCGCCGUCGUCCACUACUGCGCCUCCUCAGUACCACUUCAACGGCCUAAGGAUCCUGCUCGCGGACAGCGACGACACCAGCCGGGAGGUGACGCGGAAGCUCCUGGAGCGGCUCGGCUGCCAGGUGCUGCCGGUGCCGUCGGCCGCGCACUGCCUCAGCCUUCUUCUGGGGAGCGACGGCGCCGCCGCCGAUCAGCCACCGUUCCAGUUCUCGUGCAUGCAGCUCCAGGUGGUGCUACUUGACCUCCACACGCCUGCUGCUGCUGGCGCCGACGCCGCCGGUGCGACGGAAGAGGGGUUUGAUGUGGCCCUCACGAUCCGGGAGCUCACCAGCGACAGCUUCAGCUGGCUGCUCAUCCUCGUCGCCCUGCCACUGCCGCCGAGGGCGAGCUGCAUCGACGUCCGCGACGCGUGCCAGCGCACGGGGGUCAACGGCGUCAUCCCCAAGCCCAUCACGCUGCCGUCGCUGGGAGCUCAGCUCUACAGGGCCCUCCACAACGACAACUGACCGUGCCUGUCUGCGUCCGUACUGUCAGGGCUCAAAUGCUUGAAGGUUUUUUUUUGGAUAAAUGAUGAAGACAUGAAGUGCUUGGAGUUGGUA